GUUGGGAGGAGUCAGAGGCGAGCCUUAGCAGCUGUACCCGCCAGCCCCAGGCUGGUCAGUGCUGCCCUGCCUUUCGUGCCGCGUGUCGCUUCAGCCCAGAGCCAGAGGGCUGUGUCCUCCACCGGUGGCCCCGGCGGACACAUGCGUUCCCAUGCGUUCCCGUCCCCAGCCCAGCCCGUCUCUGCUUUUCCACUUCCACCUGCGUGUGGGUUUGCGCCUUGUCAUCGGUCGUGUGAGUGUCGCAGACCUUUCCAGAGCUCCAGCUCACUCCUUCCAAACAGGCCUCCCUGUCAGUGGCACUGCACACCUAGAACCUUCAGUUUCCAUGACGGUUGGUUUAGUCCUUUUGAACCACCCCCAAGAACUCAAUAUGGUAAGCAAACGGUAAAAGCUCCCGACUGUUCUACUUUGGGUCUGCGCAAAGCCCGUUCAUAUGUGAUCUCUGCGUCGCCCUUCUCAGUGGUCCCAGGCGAUCCAGCCAUGCCCCCCGCCCCUCUGCCCACAUGCUUCAGGGGCCCAACCUUUCAGGCUUGCCCUCACCAGCGGCCAUCAGCCGACACUCAGGGAUGCAGCAAACACCACUCCACCAGUGCUUUCAGCAGGAAGAGCCGAGGCUGCCUGGGAGGCCCUGGGCGAUGGGAAAAGGGCUCUCUCAAAUUCUGAAAAGAGAAUCUGCCCCCCAGAUCGAAUUCCGACCCCUAACUUGUUCGGCCAUAUGGGUCGAAUUCAGAUUAGGUGGGUCACCCAAUCUGAGAUGUCAGGAAAGGCCUUCUGCAGAGAAAAUGUCUCCCCCACCCCGCCAUCUGCAGCCAGGUGUGUGCCGCACGGCAGCCUUCCCAAAACACAGUAUGGAUUUUAAAAAUUUGUUUAUUUUUGUUUCUCAACCACUUUAUAAUGUAUUUUUAAUUUAUUUUGUAACGUCUUGUUUUUAAGUAUUGCUGCUAUCCUUCCCACUGUUUUUAUCGCUGAUUUAUUUUGUGAAAGUUGUACACUAAUGUUCUGUUUUAUGUCAAAAUCAAAAGUAUUUAAUGAUAUACUAGUUCUAUUUAAUGUGGUUAUGGAACCAGCUGGAAACACAAAACAAACAGUGAUUGUACAGCAGGCUGGACCCAGGAGGUCAGGUUCAUUUUGUUACAUAUGCAAUAAACUCACGACUUUACAUUU